CAUUCCCCUCUUGUCAUGGCCAUGGUCAGAUCAUCCCAGAAACUGCUGCAGCCCAGUGUGGAAUUUCCCGGUCGAGUAGCCCCAUCUCUUCCAGGCCUGAGUGGCAGUAGUAGUGCGCCCUCGCAGCUUCUGAAGCCUGUAUUACGCAUCGCCCAUGUCGUCGAUGCCGUGAUGCCUUCGAUGCCCCUCGUUGCUGCUGGCAGCAGCCGAAAGAGCGGUGGGAGGGCUGCCCAGCCAUGCAUCCGAGAAAUUGCACACUGCCACACGGCCGCCCUGUUCGAUUCCUCGGAUAAAGACAAUUCAAGGGUCAAAGUCCCCCAGAGCUAUCCUAAAUCCCAAUCCGUGUUCGGUACUGGCCCGCGCAGAUGCGAGUUAGGGAAGAAAGAGGCGAAUUUCGGUCGCCCCACUGUGGACAUCAUCGCAUGCGAAGAGCUCAGUAGCUUCGUCAGUAGUGUCUGCGUCCUUGCCUUCACAUCAUCUUGA